UUUCACCAUUCCAAAAAAUGGCGAGCUUUUGCAAGAUCGUGCGAAAUUCGUUGAACAAAAAGAAAAUUAAUUUUAAUAGAUUCUAUCAUAAUGUAAAUACGCAGUCUAAGACGAGAAAUUAUACUUUUUCAGUUGUUUGUGCCGUCAGUGGAACUGUUGCUUUAUAUGCAGUCUACAAAUCUGGACACUCCCAAAGCGUGCAUGCUUCUCAGAUAAAAGAGGAAGAAUCUAAAGUAGUCAAAUUAACGUCAAGAGAAAAACGCUUCAUACGAUUUGCGUCUGUUGAAUAUGAUGGUCAGCUUUAUAUGACCCCUCAAGAUUUCCUUGAAUCAGUUGUGGAAGCCGAACCAAGACCUCGUCUUAAAAGAAAAGUUUUAACAACAAAAGAACUAGAGAAGAUACGAGAUUCAACUCCCCCGCUUAGUCAAGGAUCGGCUCGACUUUUCCGCACAUUGAGAGAUAAAGGAAUUAUUUCAUACACAGAGUACCUUUUCCUUUUAUCAAUAUUAACAAAGCCGCAAUCAGGCUUCCGCAUAGCGUUCAAUAUGUUUGACACAGACGGUAACGAAAGAGUUGAUAAAAACGAAUUUCUUGUGAUUCGUAAACUAUUGGCAGGCAAAAAAACUGAAGAUGCACUACCUAUGGAGAAAAUAUUCAGUCAUGCUUGGAAGGGGAAAAGAGGAAUAUCAAACGAAAUGAACGAUAAAAUGAUUCUUCCCAUUCAUGAACAUUAUGUUAACGAUGAACAAGGUCUACAAAGAAAACAUGUGGUGGAUACAACGUUAAUUGUACACUUUUUUGGACCCAAAGGAAACCACGAUUUAAAUUUCGAAAACUUCAAGCAAUUCAUGCUUCAUCUUCAAACAGAAGUGUUAGAAUUAGAAUUCAACGAAUUUUCCAAAGGUUUACCCACAAUUUCUGAGGUCGAUUUUGCAAAAAUUAUGCUGAGAUAUACUUAUCUAGAUACUGACGAAUAUGAUAUGUAUUUAGAUCGAUUGCUUGAUCGAAUUAAAGAAACCAAAGGCAUUACGUUUGAAGAAUUCAACGUGUUUUGUCAGUUUUUAAACAACUUGGAAGAUUUCACUAUUGCUAUGCGGAUGUACACAUUAGCUGAUCACCCCAUAUCAAAAGAUGAAUUUCACAGAGCUGUUAAAAUAUGCACUGGAACUAGUCUAAGCCCUCAUCUAGUCCACACAGUCUUCGCAAUUUUUGAUGUAGACGGCGACGGACUUUUAAGUUAUCGCGAAUUCAUCGCUAUUAUGAAAGAUCGACUUCAUCGAGGCUUCAAGUCAUACGCUAAAAACGAAGGAUGGGAAGCCUUCAAGACGUGCAUCAAACAAGAGAUGAAAAAUCCCACAUAAAUACUUAUUAGUCUAUGGUAUUUUAUUUGACAAUGGGACAGUUGCCAUAUUUAUAAGGAAACGCUUGGUUUUAAUUUUAUACUAGUCAGAUUUAUAAGUUGUUUCCACAUUUGACUGUAAUUUUGUAAAUUGUAGCAUCAUCGUUGUAGGAUUUUUUGUGCCAAGUCUUAAAAUUAUUGAAUUGAAAAUAUUCUCAGGAUAAAUACGUUUUUUUUAAUAAUAACUCACAACAUUAG